ACGGUGCGGAGACACCGCCACUUGUAAGUUAUUUAAAUGUCAAUACACGCUUUAUAAAAACACAAAAGUAUACGUGCGAAAUUAGUUUGUGUAACUACCCACAAAUACCUACUUAUUCCAAUCCAAUAUCAGAGACAAUGUUCGGGAAGAAGCGAAUAGCGUACUGGGUAUCGGAAAAGAAAAUGAAGAAGCUUAACUGGUUCGAAUUUGAAGGAGUUUGUAAUAAUUUUGGAUACGAAUUGUUUAAGUUGGACCUAGAAAGCGACCUGGAGAGUCAAGGCGGUUUUAAUGUCCUUUUACAUAAACUUACGGAUACAAUUGCUUUAGCUAAUAAUGGAGAUGAGAAGUGCUCAAACACCAUCCGGUUAAUAGAAACGUACAUAUCUAGGCAUCCGGAACUGGUAGUGAUCGAUCCCAUUCCAAAUGUUCGUCAAUUGUUAGAUAGGUAUAUGGCUUACAGUAUUAUCGCCGCAACGGACUUAUACAAAUACGACGUUUUUACACCUACCUUUUGCGAAAUUGUGACAAAUAGUAAAGAAGAGACUGAAGUACAGUUAAAGAAUCACAACGUUAGGUUUCCAUUUAUUUGUAAACACGUCUUAGGGCACGGAUCGAAACAAGCUCACGAAAUGGUAAUUGUAUUUAAUAAAGAUAGUUUAGAUGCAUGUAAGUCUCCUUGUGUAGUACAAACGUUUAUAAACCAUAACGCAACUUUAUACAAAAUCUUUAUAGUAGGGGAACAAUAUUACUAUAUUGAAAGGCCGUCGUUGAAAAAUUUUUAUCCGUGUAACGAGAAGCCGAUAUUUUUUUAUAGUAGCGACGUGUCCAAAGCAGACUCUACAAGUUCCUUGUCCGUGCUAGACAAAGAAGAUGAGGUCAUAAGACGAUCAUCGCCCGACCCGAAUAUAAUGGGUAAAAUUGCGUCGACCAUCAGGAAAGCGUUCAAUAUGGAUUUGUUGGGGAUUGACGUGGUGAUCGAAAAUUUCACCGGAAAGUAUGCGAUAAUCGAUGUAAAUGCCUAUCCCGGGUAUGACGGAUUCCCGAAUUUUUUUUACGCAUUGUUAGAGCUCAUCAAGGAAAAAGAAGCCAAACGAGAUUUAAAGAUUAAGAGUGUAAUUGAUCGGAACUGAGCCGUACGCGUUAAGAUGAUACUACCAAGAGUAUGUUCCGUCUUUUGUUACAUAUUUGUAUGUUACCAAUGCAGAAGUAUUAAAUAAGUUAUUUAUUUUAAAUUUUUGUUAGAUGUAUAAUAGCAAUAAUGCACCUAAUUAAGUUUUCAUAAAUUGUUUCAUUUGUUGUUAAUGUUUUAAGUGAAAACAUAUUUUAUAUACUUUAUAUACUGUAGAUGUCAUAUGUACAAAUAAUUACAUGGCAUAUGUUAAUA